UCUGAACAAGGCAAACAACAAAUCCCUUUCUUUUGGUCAAAGACAAAGAUCAGUGGUGUUCAGAAUAUUUCUAUAUAAUGUCUCAUCCAGAGAAAGCAAAGGACAGACAACAUAAUUCAGGAGAUUUUGGAUAAAUUCGCUAAUAAUUAAAGAAAAAAAAAAUGGAUCCAACCUUGUAUAAUGCUGCGGUAGAAGGCAAUACCAGAGAUAGCAAUUUUUUACUUGCUGAUCAUCUGAAAAGGGAUGAAGAAAAUGGGCACCAAGUCACUCCAAAGGGCAACACAGUCCUCCACGUGGCAGCCCUCUAUGGCCACUCCCAUUUUGUGGGAGAAGUCCUUAAGAUUACUCCGUCAUUGUUAUGUCGUCAGAACAAGAAAAAUGAGACUGCACUUCACAUAGCAGCUAAUGAAGGGCACAGUGAAGUAGUUCAUGUGCUACUUAGUAUAACUGGAGAGGAGAAUAAGGAGAGACUCAUGAGGAUGACAGAUGACAAUGGGGAUACAGCACUGCACAAGGCCGUGCGGAGCCGACAUCAAGAUGUUGCCAGACUUUUGGUUAAAGAAGAUCCUGAAUUCGAAUUUCCGUCCAACAAGGCCCAGGAGACACCACUAUACCUGGCGGCGGAGUCUGGUCUUCGUGAUGCUUUGGUUGAAAUCUUGGUAUCCUGCAACAAACCAACUUUUGCUGCAGGUCCAUUUAAUCGAACACCUCUGCAUGCAGCAGUAAUUCAUCAACACACGGAUUGCGCGAGAUUACUGUGGCAAUGGAAUAAAUCUUCAUGUGAGGAAGCUGACGUGAGUGGUUGGAAUUCGCUGCACUAUGCUGUUAAUCUAGGAUUGAAAGAAGUAGUUUCUGAUAUGCUGGGGUGGAGGAAAUCCUUAGCCUACCUUCCAGCAGGCAGUGAAAAUCGCUGGACGACAACGUUUCACAUUGCAGCCAGUGCAGGUGAUGAAAACAUGAUAAAUGAGUUAUUAAAGUACUGCCCUGAUUGCUGGGAAAUGCUUGACAGCAGAGACAAAAAUGCUCUUCAUGUUGCCAUAUUGAACAAUCAAUAUAUGUUAGUUAAUUCCUUAUUAAAGUCCACGAAGUGGGAUAGCCUUGCUGACGAUGCAGAUGAUGAUGGCAACACUCCUCUCCAUUUGCUUGCCGCCUCUAGUUAUUGGGCCCAUGUGCCUGUGAAAUUAAGAGAAAAUCCCAUAGCAAAGAAGAUGUCAUUUAACAAAGAAAACCAGACUCCGCUUGACGUAGCAUUGUCUUGCUUAAAGAGGACGACAAACAAGGAAAGUAUCAGUGACAGCUUGUAUUGCGAUUUUGCUAACAUUGGUCGAUUGGGACGACGUGAGACUCCGGUGAAUACACUGGAUGAAAUUGAUAUACAGAGGGAGUUUUUGAAGCGUGCUAAGGAACGUGAAACAGAAAUCAAAGGCAUCAUGUCGGCAGCUCAAAUACAUCUAGUUGUGGCCACUCUAUUAGUUACAGUCACCUUUGCCGCUGGUUUCACAUUGCCAGGAGGUUUUGACAGUGAUUCCAAUAGCCCUAAUAAAGGGAUGGCGAUUCUAACAAGAAAAGCAGCAUUCCGUGUAUUUGUUAUUACAGAUGUCAUCGCCUUUGCAUGCUCGGCUGGUGCUAUAUUCAGCUACUUCGUCAUGGCAACAAAUCAUCGACCAACGUCCUAUCAGGAUUACAGAAUUCUAUCGGCUCUCAGUAGAGUCGCAGGUCAGUUGCAGCUUCUGGCAAUGUUAGCAGUGGUAAUUGCAUUUGUAACUGGUAUGUAUGCUACUUUAGCACAUUCACUUGGUCUCGCCAUUACUGUAUGUACCAUCGGUUGCCUCUCUUUUCUUUUGUACAUGUUUGUAAUGUAUCUUGUUGGAAGAGAUAUUACUUGAGAAAUAGAGAGAGAAACAUAAAUGCAUCUUUUUCCUUUUUUCAGUGAAAUUAAUUCAAGCAGUAUGGCCGAGUAAUAGUACUGCAGUCUGCAUGCAUCAGUAUUUGUUUAACAGAUUGUUCAGUUCAGCAUCUCUAUUUUGCUUUAUCUUGCCUUCUCGCAUACCUUAUGUACAGAUGCAUUC